CCAGUGCCCCACGGAUCCUCGGUGUCACCGCCUGCCCCACGGCCAGGGGACCAUGCUCAUCCUGACGUGCCCGGGCCAGCUGCGGCGGCUGGAGGAGGCCCUGCGGAGGAGCCUGCCUGCCACCCUGCCGGUCCUGGGGACCGUGAUGACGGUGGCCCGGGGCAACCCGGCCGCCCACGAGGUGCUGGUGGACUCUUGGCCCCAUUUCGGCGUCGUCCUCACCCGCCUGCGCCCAGAGGAGCACAAGGACCCCCAGGACUUCUACAGCAACCAGUUGACGGUGUACUACCGGGACGAGGGGGCCUGGCGGGAGCUACUGGGGGGCACCCAGGCGGUGGACUGGACCCGGGCAUUCCAGAUGCAGGGGAUGCAGGAGGGGAUGUACGAGGCCGUGCGCCAGGCGGCCGAUGCCAAGGGGCUGCGGCUGGAGACGCACCGGUACCAGGCGCUGAUGAGCCCCCAGCCCCCCCGGCCACGCGCGCAGGUACCCCCGGGCCUGCGCCUGGCCCCCGUGUCCCCGUCCCACGUCCCGCUGCUCAACGCCACCUGGGGCUUCGGGGGCAACGCCCGCAGCGCCCGGUUCCUGCUGGGGCUGGUGGGGUCCCUGCCCAGCGCCUGCCUGCUGGGCCCCCGCGCCCGCCCCGUCUGCUGGACCCUGCUGGACCCCCUGGGCUGCCUCAGCCACGGCUACACGUUGCCCGCUUGGCGCGGCCGAGGGCUGUGCGGGGUGACGCUGGGUGCCCUGGGCCGGCAGCUGCACGCCCGCGGCUUCCCCAUUUAUUUGGGGGUCCUGCCCCAAAACACCCCCUCGCAGCGGGCCGUCCGCGCCGUGGGGUUUCUGCCCCAGCCUGGCACCUUCUACACCCUGGUGGUCACCCCCCAGUAGUGGGAUGGGGGGGCACCAGGGUUGGGGUAACCCCCCCACCCCCCCCACCCCCACGGGAAUGGCUGGGUGGGGGGGUGUCUAAGAUGGGGUUACACAGGCCUGGGGGGGGGUCCUGGCUCCCCACCCUGCCAGGUGGGACCACCCAGACCCCCCCACCCCGAGCUCAGAGGCUGGAUCAGCCAUCCGUUCACUCUGGUCCCUACUGAUGGCAACGUGGGCUAUUGAGCCCGCUUGACACACACACACCCCCCCCAAAGUGUGGCGUGGAGGUGGGGGGGGGGGGCGGCGGGGGGGCUG